AUGAAGGAGUCAGUCACUGUGAAGUACUUUGAAGGACAGAUAGAAAGUGUAAUUGUGGGCUCCUUGAUUCCUUUGCUGCUGCUGUUCCGUGUUGAAAAUUGGUGUCCUCAUUUACCUUGGAGAGCAAAAAAUCCCUAUGAAGAAGCCGAUCAUAAUUCAUUGGCAGAGAUUCGUACAGAUUUUAAUAUUCUCUACAGCAUGAUGAAAAAGCAUGAAGAAUUCCGGUGGAUGAGACUCCGGAUCCGGCGAAUGGCUGAUGCGUGGAUCCAGGCAAUCAAGUCCCUGGCAGAAAAGCAGAAUCUUGAAAAGAGAAAGCGGAAGAAAGUCCUCGUUCACCUGGGACUCCUGACUAAGGAAUCUGGAUUUAAGAUAGCAGAGACAGCUUUCAGUGGUGGCCCUCUUGGUGAAUUAGUUCAGUGGAGUGAUUUAAUUACAUCUCUGUACUUACUGGGCCAUGACAUUAGGAUUUCAGCUUCACUGGCUGAGCUCAAGGAGAUAAUGAAGAAGGUUGUAGGAAACCGAUCUGGCUGCCCAACUGUAGGAGACAGGAUCGUUGAGCUCAUUUAUAUUGAUAUCGUAGGACUUGCUCAAUUCAAGAAAACUCUUGGGCCAUCCUGGGUUCACUACCAGUAA